GGCCGGGGGGCGUGGCCAAGGGGCCCGAGGGAGUCGGUCGUCGGAGUCAGAGCGCGAGCUGAACUUGUUACACGGGGAAGGUCGGUCGUCAUUGGGCCGUCGCCGUUUCUCUCCUGAGAGCUGCGUCUUUGGGUCUCGUCUGACGAAAGGGAGGAUGCGCCCCUGCCCCGGGAUUGUCGCCCUGACCGCCUGACCGCCCCGGCUCACCCUCUGGUCACAGAUUCCGGCGAAAAUGUCAGCCGCCAAAACGACCCCUUUCCUUCUCGUGACGGCCAACGUUGGCUCGAUAUUCGAAGACCCAUCUGUUAUGCUGAAAAUAUGGACAGAGGAAUUUUUAGCAACAGUGAGCAGGCUAGACCCAAAAUUCAUAGCCUUGCAUUGCCAGGAGGUCGGUGGGAAAAACUACGAGCUGAGCAUGCAGCAUGUUGAAUAUUUUGUAAAAUUGUUGAUGGAUAGUGAAGAGCUGAGGCUUUUUAACAAAGUCAGGAUUUACCUAGAUGAGGAUUAUUCAUCAGCGGAAACAUUCACAGCAUUAGGCAACUUUUAUUUUAUCCAUGAAUCCAUCGACGACGUUCUAAUAUGGGACUUCAAAGAGAUGUGUUUUAUGGCUGUGGAAGGUAAAGAGGUCUUCGCUGGAGAAAUAGAAACCGUCUCUACAAAAGAAAAAUCAAAAUUCCCUCAAGAUUUCUUCCCUGAGUGCAAGUGGUCAAGAAAAGGCUUCAUGAGGACAAGGUGGAAUUUGAACGGCACUGUCUUUGAUCUCAUCAACAUACACUUGUUUCACGAUGCUUCCAAUUUCAUUGCAGUUGAAGCUUAUCCUUCGGUUUAUUCAAAGACAAGACAAAGAGCACUUGAAUACACUCUAGACAGGUUUCAUAAUGAUGAGUUUGGAACAGCGCCAUUUUUUUUGUUUGGAGAUUUUAAUUUUAGGACUGAUACCAAAGCAGUAAUCAAGAAACUUUGCGAAGGGCUUCAAGAAGUGCACAAUACAGGUGACAAGAACAGGACUGUCGAAUAUAAGGAUGAUGAAAACUCCAUCGUCUUUACACUGGGCAAGAAGGAAUUCCGGCACAACAACCACCAGGCCAUGUUCCUUGAUCAACUUUGGCUGAAAGAGUUUGACAAGGAAAUGGACGACUUUUGCACCCAGCUGUAUGAGUUUCCGAUCCACUUUCCGCCAAGUUAUCCUUUCAUUGAGGAUUCAACAACAGUGUCAGAUUAUAUGGAGACGAGGUGCCCCGCUUGGUGCGACCGUGUUCUCUUGAGCCAGACGGCAAGGCCACUUGUUCAUGGUGAUGGAGAGAGCAAUCUAGAAUAUGGAGUUAUUGGAAAGAGUUCGUGUAUGGGUGAUCACAAGCCAGUCUUCCUUAAAGGAGGAAUAGAGAACGGAGUCGGCCGGCUGUCUUGCUGUGAGUGUCACAAGCCUAAUUCUCCUGUUAGCUUUGAUUUGCAAUCACUCCCUGGGGAGAAUUUUGAUACUAAUGAAAAGAAAACUGAAAACAGUCAGCGGGCUUUGACUGAAAGAUUUGUCAUCAAGCGGGUCAACUCGGCGUCGGUUGUCGAGGUGAAGAUCGGUCUCGUGCGAGGAAACUGCUCUUCUGGCAACUGGAGAUCCCGGUCUGUCUCCGUGUCAGGGGGCAAACCGAUAUCCCGAGUUCGCCUCAUCUCCUCAGACGAUUUUCACAGUUCGUCCAACAGGCUCCAAAGCCACCAUAGCUCCUCGGAAGAGGAGUGGUUCCAGGAGGAGAAUGGCAUUCCGGACUCCUUAGACCCAAAUGUUUACAAUAUAAAAUCGGAUAGAAAUUCCAUUGAGGAGGAUAUUUUCAAAAUUAAUGAUAAAUCCUGCCAGCGGAAGAAAACGAGUAAAAAAUGCUGUCUUAUUAUAUAGAAAAUUGUUUUAAUCAGAAAUUUCUCAGUAUUAAUGCUGUUUUUUUUAUUGAUUUCAUUACACAAUUAUUUCAACAGUAUGUUAAUUAAAAAACAGAAAAAUAUACAUCAUUGUUUCAUUCCAGAAAAGUUUUAUAUAUUGAUUCGCGAUAAAAAAUUAACUUCAAAUUUGUUAAUUUUUUAUAUAGAAUCUCUGUGAUGUCAUUUAAAAAAAUAAGAUAUAUACAGAGUAGAUCUCAAUGUGGGGAUAAACGUACUUAUUAAUUGAAAGUACAAAAAUAGAUCUGUUUUAAAUAUUACACUUUUUAUUGUUAAAUUUGAAA